GAGAAAGGAGACUAUGACAUGUGAUCUGAGUGACUCCAGUCCCUAGAUAGGUAGGUAAGCUUCUCGACUCAAGGAAAGCGGUUCUCAAUGUUACCUUCUACAACCACAACCACCACAACAACUCGUCGUCUGCUCCGGGGCGAGAUUACUUAUUCUGCAGCCAAAGAAAUUGAAGCCAAUGUACUGCACUCGUUGAGCUAUUGGGAUCAGCAGAGUAGUUAUUUCGAAGUCUUGCGCCGAAAGAGCCAGCUUUUGGAAACUGUGGUCGCACACCAUCUCAAGUUGGUCCCGACGAGCUGCCGCAUCGCCGAACCAAGCAAAUGGCUUUCUGGGACCUUCGUUUGCAUCCCCAUCUAUGAGAACGUCAACCUAGGGAACGCUGAUGAGAAACUUCUAUGUGAAAUUGGUACCUACACCUGGCUCCAGCACAACUGCCCAGGAGUCCCCAUCCCGCAACUACAUGAAUACGGGUUAUCAACCGGCCAGAACUUUACUGCUCUCGAAAACCUGCCUUUCUUGACUCGCUCGGUCGAAGCCGUUCGCCGCCAUAUUCUAAGAUUCCUGGGAUUCCCAGUCCCAUUCAAAUAUGUGGCUCAUAACAGCAAUUCGGGAAACCUCUUAGGGGUCAGAUAUCUCUUGAUUGACUACAUUGAUGUGUCAAGGGGUAGGAUGCUGUCUGCAUCAUGGAACCAAGGACGGCAUGAUCCUAGAUUACGGAUGUACCUUUUCCGAAGCUUGUCUGAUAUCAUGUUGGUCAUUACACGUACUCCUCUACCCAAAAUUGGUUCUUUCAUCGUGGAUGAGAAGGGUUGCUUAAGGCUCAGGAACAGACCUCUUACUCUUGAGAUUCAGGAUCUGGAGAAUCAGCAUGUUCCGGUCGAUAUCCCGCGCGACUUUACGUAUUCCACCAUCGACUCCUAUGUUAGCGACAUACUUGCCUUUCAUGAGAGUCGCCUCCGUCAUCAACUGAAUGCGGUCAAUAAUGUCCAAGAUGACUUGUUCCAGAUGGCUGGUCUCACGGUGAUGAGAGCUGUUCGAAACUUAUUCUUCCGUCCCGGUCUCCGCCGAGGCACAUUCUACAUGAGCUUAACGGAUCUCCAUCAAAGCAAUAUCUUUGUCAAUGAUGACUGGAAUAUCAGAUACCUAGUCGACCUUGAAUGGGCUUGCUCUCCUCCAGCAGAGAUGAUUCAUCCUCCGUAUCGGUUGACUAACCAAUCCGUCGAUGCGAUUGAUUUUGACGCAUACAAGAGCCUGCAUAGAGAAUUUAUGCAGGCUUUUGCGGAACAAAUAUCGAAGCGCUCAUGGCAACACAGGAACCAGAUCUAUUCAAUACUCCAAGAAGGCCGGAAUAAAGGCACGUACUGCAUUUUUCAAAUUACUAUGGACUACUUGACGCUCAAUGCAGCUAGGUUCAUUCAGGAAAAGGUGAAAGACAAAGAGAAAUACGAUCGGCUGUUGCUCGAAGCUUUCGAACAGGCCCCAACGGACCAGAUGCCUAUGCAUGAAUGA